CAUUCUCACCUGUAGAAGGUAGAAGUGUGGACACACACACACACACACACCAUGGCGAGUGUUAGGAUGUUGCCGAGCGGAAUGUCGAUCUUCACCUCUGUCCCUGACCUUCUCUUCAUACCUGAACUUGUAUUUGGAGGCUUGGUGUGGAUUUUAGUAGCAUGUACUAAAGUGGUUCCUAAUAAUCCUCAAGCGUAUGUCAUGACUGUGUCGUUGUUCUGUUUCAUUGUCACCUUCAUCUGGAUGAUGAUGUUCCUGUAUGGAGUUCAUCACAACAGAACCUCCUGGGCCACUGCAGACUUUGUGUAUCACAGUACAGCUGCUCUGUUGUAUCUCAGCGUGUCAGUGCUCCUGGCGUACAUCACCGUCGUUAUCAGCCCCUUCAGUGAUAUCGACUUCACGCCCUACAAACUCAACAUGUCUGCAGUGGUAAGACUGUCUCUCUCUCUAUCCGUCUGUUUGUAUAGCUCUCAUUCUCUCUCUCUCAACUUCAAGUUCAAAGUGUGCUUGAUUUUCACGAUUGGCCAUCCCAGUCCACUGAAUUGAAACCCAUAGAAAGCCUGUGGGGUGAACUGAAGAGGAGAGUCCACCAGCGUGGACCUCGAAAUUUGAAGGAUCUGGUGAGGUUCUGCAUGGAGGAACGCUCUCAGAUCCUUCGUGGUGUAUUCUCCAACCUCAUCAGGCAUUACAGAAGACUCAAAAUAACUUUAAACCCUUCCAAACAGCUUGUGGUGAUGUAGGUGACUUCUAAUUGUAGUUUUGGAGACUUUCUGACCCCAAGACACAACUAACUUCUGCAGUUCUCCAGCUGUGAUCCUUGGAAAUGUUUUGGCCACUCGAUCCGUCCUCUUCACAGUGUGUUGAGACGAUAUACACACACGUCCAAUUCCAGGUUAAUUCAUAACAUUUCCAGCUGACUAGAACUUCUUAAUUAUUGCCCUGAUGGUGGAAAUGUUCAUUUUCAAUGCUUGUACAAUUUUCUUAUAACCACUUCCCAUUUUGUGAAGCUCAACAACUUUUUGCCGCACAUCACAGCUAUAUUCCUUGGUCUUACCCAUUUUUAUGAAUGACUAAGGGAAUUUGGCCUA